CACACCGUGUGUGCCCCGUGUGCGCAGCAGUGCAGUUCUGCGGGAUUCCAGUGCCAAUUAUGUAUGACUUCGUCGCCGUCGCUGCUGGACCACCCGCUGGUGGAGGAGCUGCUUCAGCGGCAGCACGAGGAGCAGCGGAGCCGGCUUUGCGGCCAGUGCGCAGAGCGCGGCGGACAGGCAGCCGCUUCCGGCACGUGCACCGAAUGCAGCACUGACCUCUGCAACGUCUGCAUUCAGACUUUUGACAACUACUGUGACACGUGCAACACGUUGGGGUGCGGGGAGUGCAUCCUCUCGGCGCAUCGCUCCCACCAGUCGUGCACGCUGCUUGCCAAAGAUGCAGAGGUGAAGGAGACGCUGAAGACCCGCCUGGCUGGCAUGAGGUGA